CAAAAAUUUAUUAAUAUAAAUUUUAUGUAUUUUGUAUGUUAGAAUAAAUUUAAGUGAGAGUGUAUAUCAUUCGUGCCAAAAAAAUGGUAAAACUGUAUGCAUUGUCGGUUUUGUAUAAAAAUCCUACAUCAGCAACAAUAUUGAAAGGUGCUUAUGAUGUAGAGUCCUUUUCGUUUUUUCAAAGAAAGAGCGUUAAAGAAUUUAUGACGUUCAUAAGUAAAACUAUUGUUGAAAGAACUCAGAGUUGCUCCAGACAGAGUGUGAAAGAAGGAGAUUAUAUGUGUCAUGUGUUUGUACGAGCAGAUAACCUAGCUGCAGUACUUAUAUCAGAUCAUGAAUAUCCUAGAAGAGUAGCACAUACAUUGAUUACAAAAGUUAUGGAUGAAUUUGCAACAAAAUAUCCUCAGUCUGUAUGGGAUACUUUAAGCGAAGUUAUGACUGAUUUUGCACAGAUUAAUAUAUAUUUAGUCAAAUAUCAAAAUCCCAAUGAAGCUGAUGCUCUUACUAAAAUCCAAAAUGAUUUAGAUGAGACAAAAAUCAUUUUACAUGGUACAUUAGAAGCUGUCCUUAAAAGAGGUGAGAAUGUGGAUGAAUUGGUUUCGAAGUCACAAGUUCUUAGUGUUCAAUCAAAAGCAUUUUAUAAAACAGCACGUAAAACUAAUUCCUGUUGCAGUUUAGCCCCUUAAAACCAUUUAUCAAAAUCA